UAUUAAAUAAAAACUAUAAAAUCUACAUUUAAGAUGAUCAAUAAGUGCUGAAGCCAUGGAAAUCUUAUUUCAAAGAAAGAAAGCAAAUCCUUCAUCAACCAUCGGUGUGUGAAAUUAAAAACUGUAGGAUCAUCUCCUGAUUAUUGUUCCCGCCGCUGUGUCCCGCAGUUUGAUGCUUCAUGUGGUUUAAAUUCUCAUUUGUUCCACUGCCCCUGAAGGCAUCUCCAGCCUCCCUGCGAUGCACAGUACGCAUGCGCCGUGUUCGCGGAAGAAGCAAGUUGUGUUGACGGCGUCUGUUGUGUGUCUGCUAGUCCGGCUCAGAGGGUCCGUCUGGGUCGGAGUCUCCGGCUCGUUUCGGUCUGAACAGCCGGGAAGAUGAGCUGCUGCCCGGACAUCUCCCGCAGGAACCCGCAGGAGGACUUCCAGCUGAUCCAGCGGGUCGGCAGCGGGACGUACGGCGACGUCUUCAAGGCGAGGAGCGUCGGCACCGGAGAGCUGGCCGCCAUCAAGGUCAUCAAGCUGGAGCCUGGUGAGGACUUUGCUGUGGUGCAGCAGGAGAUCACCAUGAUGAAGGACUGUAAACACUCCAACAUUGUGGCGUACUACGGCAGCUACCUCCGCAGGGAGAAGUUGUGGAUCUGUAUGGAGUUCUGUGGAGGAGGAUCACUUCAGGACAUCUACCACAUCACUGGCCCACUGACUGAGUCCCAGAUUGCCUACGUCCUGCGGGAAACACUGCAGGGCCUCUUCUACCUGCACAGCAAAGGGAAGAUGCACAGAGACAUCAAGGGAGCGAAUGUCCUGCUGACUGAUAACGGAUACGUCAAACUGGCGGACUUCGGCGUGUCGGCUCAGAUCACUAUGACCAUCGCUAAGAGGAAAUCCUUCAUCGGGACGCCGUACUGGAUGGCUCCGGAGGUGGCGGCGGUGGAGAGGAAGGGUGGAUACAACCAGCUGUGUGACAUCUGGGCCGUCGGCAUCACCGCCAUCGAACUAGCCGAGCUGCAGCCGCCCAUGUUCGACCUCCACCCCAUGAGAGCUCUGCUUCUGAUGACCAAAAGUAACUUUCAGUCGCCCAAACUGAAAGACAAGGUGAAGUGCAUGCAUCUCUGCGCACUCGACAGUGUAGGACACUGGAGCAGCUCCCCGUGGACUGGAAACUUCCAUCAGUUUGUAAAAAUUGCUCUGACCAAAAACCCCAAGAAACGACCGACAGCUGACAAACUCCUGCAGCAUCCGUUUGUCUCUCAGCCUCUCAGUCGGACUCUGGUCAUCGAGCUGCUGGAUAAAGUCAGUAACCCGGACCAGACUUCCUACCAGGACCACCUGGACGAUGACGAGGCCGAUACAGAGCUCGUGUCUGUCCCUCAGAGGAUCCCGUCCAGAAACACCAGAGAAGGAAAAACUCUGUCUGAGAUCACCUUUGAUCAGAUGAAGUUUGAUCCUCCUCUGAGGAAAGAGACUGAAGCGCACCAUGAAGAGGCCGACCCGGAUCGUUUCCUGGACUGUGAGGAGGAGCUCUACUACACCGCGAGAUCCACCCUGGAGCUGCAGAUGGAGGAGGAGGAUUCUGCUGCAGGAUCAGGAUCAGGAUCCAGCCUCAGUGGAAACAGGAGCCAGCUGAGGUCUGUGGAGGAGGAGCUCAACCAAAGGGGCCAUGACACUCACCUGGAUGAGGUGGCUGCAAGUGAGGAUGAAGGUAAGACUGAGGAUGAUGAUGAAGGCUGUGUGGGAGGAGAGAACCAAUCAGGCGUCUCUAAUUCUCCAGAUCACCAUGACAACGACAAUGGAGACAACAUGCCGCAUGUAAAGGACUUGACGUUGCGGCCCGGCCCUCCUCCUGAAGCCCCCCCCCCCCAGGAGGGACCACCUUCUUCUGAUGACGACCAUCAUGGCGACCAGGGUACCAUAAAGCGCCAUCCUCCGUCAGAAAGCCCGGUCCGCUCGGCCACCCAGGGUCCACCCAGACCUCCACCCCCUAAACUGCCCCCCCACAGACUGAGCAGCCUGGGUAACGCCCCGCCCUCCUCUGAGCAGCACUCCGCAGCGCCUCCUGCUGGCCCCGACAGGAAACAUCCUCCGAAACCCGCCAGCAACGGACUCCCGCCUACACCUAAAGUCCACAUGGGAGCCUGUUUCUCAAAGGUUUUCAACGGCUGUCCUCUGAAGAUUCACUCUGCUGCCUCCUGGAUCAACCCGGACACCAGAGAUCAUUAUCUCAUCUUCGGAGCCGAGGAGGGAAUCUACACUCUGAACCUGAACGAGCUCCAUGAGAACUGCAUGGAACAGUUGUUUCCUCGCAGGUGUACCUGGGUUUAUGUGAUGAACAACACUCUGAUCUCCAUCUCAGGUAAAGCCUCUCAGCUGUACUGCCACAAUCUGGCCGGCAUGUUCGAACAGGCUCGACAGAAACUGAAGCUGACGUCUCACCGGCUGCCCGAUCGCAUCUUACCGCGGAAGUUUUCCAUCUCCAACAAGAUUCCCGACACCAAAGGCUGCCUGAAAUGCUGCGUAGUGAGAAACCCCUACACUGGUCACAAGUACAUGGGCGGAGCCUUCCAGUCCGGUGUGGUCCUGCUGGAGUGGGUGGAGCCGAUGCAGAAAUUCAUGCUGGUCAAGAACGUGGACUUCCAGCCUCCGUGUCCUCUGGAGGUUUUUGAGCUGCUGGUUGUCCCGGAGCAGCUGUACCCUCUGAUCUGUGUCGGCCUGAGCAAAGGAGCUAAAGCCAACCAGCCCGUCAGCUUCCAGACCCUCGACCCCAAUUCUUCCUGCCCCGCCCCCCCUGAGACAGAAAACCCUCAGAGCUGUGUGAUCCACAUCACUCAGCUGGAGAGAGACACCGUCCUGGUCUGUCUGGACCGUUGUAUAAAGAUCGUAAACCUUCAGGGGAAGCUGAAGUCCGCCAAGAAGCUGUCAGCUGAGCUCACCUUCAAUUUCCAGAUCGAGUCGAUUGUGUGUUUACAGGACAGUGUUUUGGCCUUCUGGAGACACGGCAUGCAGGGGCGGAGCUUCAGAUCUAAUGAGAUCACUCAAGAGAUCAGCGACAACAGCAGGAUGUUCCGCCUGCUGGGCUCCGACAGGGUGGUAGUUCUGGAGAGCAGGGCGACAGAUAACCCAACUGAACACAGUAACCUUUACAUACUUGCCGGACACGAAAACAGCUACUGAGACCAGGACCGGCUGUGGACCAAACCAGGACCAAACCAGUUAAAACAAUUAGAACCAGGACAAAAACACUUCAAACCAGGUCCGAACCAGGACCAGACGUGGCACAAACCAGGACUAACCAGGACCAAAUCAGUUAAAACAAUUAGAACCAGGACAAAAACUGUUCAAACCAGGUCCGAACCAGGACCAGACGUGGAACAAACCAGGACCAAACCAGUUAAAACAAUUAGAACCAGGACAAAAACACUUCAAACCAGGUCCAAACCAGGACCAGACGUGGCACAAACCAGGACUAACCAGGACCAGACGUAGACCAAACCAGGACCAAACCAGUUAAAACAAUUAGAACCAGGACAAAAACACUUCAAACAAGGUCCAAACCAGGACCAGACGUGGCACAAACCAGGACUAACCAGGACCAGACGUAGACCAAACCAGGACCAAACCAGUUAAAACAAUUAGAACCAGGACAAAAACUGUUCAAACCAGGUCCGAACCAGGACCAGACGUGGAACAAACCAGGACCAACCAGGACCAGACGUGGAACAAACCAGGACCAAACCAGUUAAAACAAUUAGAACCAGGACAAAAACUCUUCAAACCAGGUCCGAACCAGGACCAGACGUGGCACAAACCAGGACUAACCAGGACCAGACGUGGAACAAACCAGGACCAAACCAGUUAAAACAAUUAGAACCAGGACCAGACGUGGAACUAAUUAGGACUAAAAUUGGACCAAACCAGUAUCAGACCAGAUCAAAUGAAGUUCUACACCAGAACUGUUCCAGUUACCAGUCACUAUUAAACUACCAACUACCAUCAUGCAUUGAAGCUCACCUGUAUAGUAUCUAACCCAAGAGAAAACAAGCUUAGAGCCAAUCAUCCUAUACUGGACCCACAGCAUUAUUAUAUUAUUGUGUCUAAAGUACUAAAGUACUGAUGUACUUGAGAUUCAGUCUGAAACGCCACCUUCAAGUACAAUGGAAAAAAUCACUGUCUGUGCAGCAGAGACUAACUCAAGGUUCAUUUUACGCUCGCUGCCUUCACAGUCUGAGCUGAGCAGAACUCACCUGCUGGGUUCAGAGUGCUGUCUGAGGCACAUUCGGAAAGAUCAGGGGCCAAAGGCCCAGUCUCAAAGGUCCGAAGCCAGAGGCCCGGUCUGUAAGGUCAGAGGCCCGGUCUGAAAGGUCCGAGGUUUUACUGAUCGGAGGUCACAUGUUCUACACACCUGUAUUUAUUCUAUGAUGCCAGUUAAAGGUACAGAGAACGUAGAGCAGCAGCUUGUUUCUACAGUAACGUGUCUGCAUUUGAAUUUUAAAGCUGCUUUUAGUACAGUUUACAUUUAUUCUUUUUUAUGCUGAUGUGCAAAUACUGUAAAAUAAAAACUGACUUUGUACACUCUGA